CCUCAAUUCAACUCUCCGCACACCAGUGUAGGCUUCCAGAUGAAACCGAGACCAGUCUGUUCCUGACAUCCUUGUUUACAUUCGUCAUCAUGUCGGCCAAGAUAGCAAAGACUAUUGCGCGCCAGAAGGAAAAGAUUGCCGAAGGAAGCUUCUACGAGGCGCACCAGCAACUCCGUGUCAUCACUGCCCGCUAUCUCAAAGCCUCGGACUACAACUCAGCCUGCGACGUGCUGUACAAUGGCGCCCUGCUCCUCCUCCGCGCCGACCAAGGCGGCUCUGGCGGCGACCUGGCGCUGAUGUUGUUGAACGAUGUCUACGUCAAAGGCGAAUACCCAUGUGACGAUGAGAACAAAAAGAGGUUGUUGGAGAUUUUCCACGCAUUUCCCAAGGAGGAGCCCACCAGGAAGAGAUUUGUGAGCGAGAUGGUGAAUUGGAGUGGGAAGUUUGGGGAUUUGGAAAGGGGGGAUGCAGAGAUCCAUCACGAGGUGGGAAUGGCGCUUGCGGAAGAGGGCGAAGCAUACGAUGCCGAACGGCACCUCGUCAUUGGCACACCAGCCUCAGCCUCUGUCCUCGCCAGCCUACACUACGUCUGGUACAAGCUGGACCAGCCGCACCUUGCACCCAUCUACGCCUCGCGGUCCGUUCUCCCCUACUUGCUGGUCGGCAACCUCUCGAAUGCGAACCUCGCCCUGUCCGCCUUCACGUCGCACCUCACAACCCAAAACCCGAAUUUACUAUCAAUGUCUCAGCCCUUGGAAUCCGCCAAGUCGGGCCUCUCGCUGCGAAUCUUCCCUUCGAUCCCUCUCCUCAACUUCCUUUCUCUGCUGUUACUCGCCUGCCAGAAGGCCGACGCAGGCCUGUUCCGCCAACUCGCGAAAUUCUACGCCCCGCACCUGAAGGACGUCGAGGGUCUGUGGAGCGAGGCUUUGGCACACAUUGGAGAGAUCUGGUUCGGGAUCAAGAUCCCCAGGCAGAACGCCGGGAAUCCGUUGUUUGAUAUGAUGGGCAGUAUGCUGUUCGGUGGACAGCAGCCCGGGGCGAAACCGGCGACGCCGAGGUCGGGCACGCCGAAGCCUGCAGGAGGGCGGGGCGGUGCAGCAGCCCGGAAAGAAAUCGAAAAGCCACCCACGAUGGAUUUGGAUUGAAACUCUGUGUUGAUGUCCCUUUAGGGGUAGAGGAUGGGUGCGCGGGUAGCGAUGGUAGUCGUGAUUACGGAGACCGCAAGCAGCCUCACGGCGCAUUCUGGGUUGAUAUUAUCAAGGAGAGGUUUCUACACGUCCGAUUGGUGACUAGGAUACAGAUACAGAAAUGGACCACCGUUGGAUGCCA